AUGCGGCUGCUGCCGGCGGCGCUGGCCCUGGCCCUGGCCAUGCUCCUGAGCAACUUGGUGCCGGGGGGUGGUCUGUCCCUGGAGAGCCUGCUGACCAAUAUGAGGUGCAAGUGCAUCAAAUCGACCGCCCAGGUCAUCAACCUGGGGCUGAUCCUCGCCAUCGACGUUACACCGCCGGGUAUUCACUGCAGGAGGAAGGAGAUCAUCCUCACCCUAAAGAAAAAUAAGAAGGUGUGUGUGGCCCCCGAGGCGCCCUGGAUCCAGCUGCUCAUCUACAAGCUGAUGCAGAGGUACGCGAUGCCCAGCGACUGA